AAAACUACAAACUGAAUUGAAACGUACAGAACAAGUAGUAAAACGUCGUGUUUCCUUAUCGAAUCAAGAUGUUACAAAACAAAUUUAUAAUUGUUUACUUUGUGGGCAAACUCCAUUACCAGAUGAUAAAUAUGCGGAACAAGAUUGGAAAACAUGUCAUGAUUGUCAGAAUACUGUAUGUUCAAAUUGUGUCAUACAGAUUGGCAAGAAUUCGGAUUCG